AUGAUCCCUCCUCCCCCCCGCGCAGCGCCCACCGAGGCCACGGCCACCUCACACGGCGGGAACCCUCCCGCGGGCCGCAGGGCGCGCGGCUCCCUCCCAAGCCCCUCACGUCCUCCGCCGCACCAGAGCGGCCCUCACACCGCCCCCAAGCUCCCCCCGCGGCGCCUCUCCCAGCCCAAAGAGGGAAAGGGAGGACAAGGACGCGGACCCGUCCCCGCCGCGCCCGCUCCGGAGGAAAAAGGCGGGAAUCGGGCCGGGCCGCACAACGCGGGGGCGGCGCGUGCGCAGCAACAUCCGCCGCGCCGGUCGCCAUGGCAACGGGGCCUGCGCUCCAGGCCGGUUCAGCGUUGA